AUGGUUUUCAUUGCGACGCGGAACAGGUCCUUUUUUCAAAGUGUAUGCUUGCUGGGUUACUGUAUCUUUCCUGUAUUGCUGAGUGCGGGAGCUUGUUGGAUCAUUAAUUCAUUCGUCAAGAAUGACUUUGCGGUUGUAUUUCGAUUUAUAUCAGUUGCUGUGGCCCUGUUAUGGUCCUUGUGGGGUAAGUGUAUAGUUGUCGUAUCGAGCACGUUGAGAUAUGGUACACUUCUCUUCUCAUGUAUUCGAUUUCUAACUCUCACUCCUUUGUAUCUAUGCUGCAAAGCCUCCUCGAGUUUCCUGGCUGAUGCGAGAUUCCCGGAAGGUCGAAAGUUGCUGGCGCUGUAUCCUGUGCUACUGUUUUAUCUUUCCCUAGCUUGGAUUGUUCUCAUCGGUUUUCAACAGAGUGUGUCGGAACACGGAGCGAUUGCAGAGGCGACGCCCCCAAAGGUUAAUGUUACAAAUCCAUCGAGCGAAGCAGCGGGUUCGGAGAGGGCAUUAUUCGGAAGUCUGAUCACGUCACUAUGA